AUCGGCACCAGCUCUCAGAGAACCAAGAGGUACAAUAGGCAGUUCCUUCCAAGGAGAUGUCGAUUCCAUUCUCCAACACCAACUACCGAAUUCCACAAGGAUUUGGAAAUCUUCUUGAAGGGCUGACACGCGAGAUUCUGAGGGAGCAACCGGACAAUAUACCAGCUUUUGCAGCAGCGUAUUUUGAGAAUCUUCUAGAGAUAAGAGAGAAAACCAACUUUGAUCCAGCAGAAUGGGGGAGUAAAGUAGAUGACCGCUUCUAUAACAACCAUGUAUUCCAGGAGCAAGAACCACCUGAGAAAUGUGAGCCUGACAAAGAAAAGUCUCAGACAUCUGUGAAAGAGGAGACUCCAGUCACAGCCUUAGAAUCUUCUGAAGAAGAUAAGGAAAAAGAGGAGAAUGCUGCUCUCAAAAUCCAGGCAGCCUUCCGGGGACACUUAGCCAGAGAAGAGGUGAAGAAAAUGAAACCUGAUGAUGAUCAAGAAAAUGAAAGUGAGGAAAACAACUGAGGAGACUGGUUUUACCCCCAAGAAACAUGAAAAAAUAAUUCAAAUCCAUCAACCUUGUCAUUGUCGUUUUUUUCUUAGUAAGUGAGAUUUGAGGGAGUGAAAUAACAUUUGUUGCUGUUGUGAAAAUCUGUCGUGAGCAUUUGUUUAAUAAACAUGCCAUUGAACACA